AAGACGAAAGAAAAAAUCAAUUAGGGCGGCUAUCGUUGAGAGAUAAGGUUGCGAUCCGAUUGCGAUUCCGAUCAAUAUUCACUGUCUCCGUUCACCGUUCACCGACGUUCACCGUGUUCCGGUAAGAAACAUCGUCACCUUUGAUUGAUUUUCGACCUCAAAUACACAAAUUCCAAAUUUGAGGUUCGAAAAAAGGAAGAUCGUCACCAAUUCACCGUCUAAUUUCACAUAUCUCAUAAUCAAUUUCACCGAUCUGUGAUCUAUUCAUAUCAAAUUCAUCAUAUUCUCUACCAAUUUCAAAAUAUCUGGUGGUUUUGUUUUCCGAUUGUGAAUUAGGGUUUUUAUUUGUUUCAAAAUAUUUUGUGUAUUUUUUUCAAAAGAAAAGCAAUUGAAGAUUGAAUCAGGUUGAACUCUAAUAUUUCAUAGGAUUGUGGUAUAAUUGGGGCUGUAGAUCUGUGUUAGGGUUUCAUAUUUUAAUAUUUUUGUUGUAUUGGAUUGUUGGUCGCUGAAAGUUAGUUGUUGGUGUUGUUACUAAUUAUGGCGACAGGACGACAGAACUUCUCCAGGAAAAGUUCGAAUCGUUCCAAUGAAAAUCGAUUUGAUGGAAGGAUUUUUGCCGGUGGUUUUGAUCGACCAGGCUCUAAGCUGGCUAAAAGUUCCGGUGGAAGAGUUGGUGAUAAAAGUAAUGGAUACAUUGAUGGGGAACGGGGUCGGUUUGUGCACCUGGAAAAUAGAAACCGAGAGGUCGGUUAUAAAGAAAAUCGGUUAAGCUCUGUGCCUUCCAAGAAAAGGAAGUUUUCGCCUAUUAUUUGGGAUAGAGUUGAGAAGCAGGUAUCUUCUGUUAACUCUGAUAUCACUUGUUCGUCCUCACCAAAAUCAUCUAAAGAUGUUAGGAGGAUUGAAAGGUGUUCUGUUUCUGCUGAAAGUGAGCUGCAGAUGUCUUCUGUGGAGUCUCUUGUGUCUAAUGUUACAGAUGAUAUGGAAAUACCAAGCUCUUUGGGUACAAGAGUUAGCGAAGGGGGUGAUGAAGAAAUUGAAAAUGAAGAUGGAGAGUACGUUGAUGAGCCAAAUUUAUCCAAAUCGAAGUGGGCUUUUAACGACUUGCCCAUAAUUGAAUCAGAUGGCAACAAUUCAAGCCUUGAAAGUGGUGAGCUUGAUCGAGAAGGGUUUGAAAAGAACGAUGAGGUGUCUUCUAUGUCUACUGAAGAUGGCCAUUUUAUGACUCCAUCCAAUGAAGAUUUAGAUAAUGUUGAUGAUAAGGUUGAUUUUAGUUCAGAAAGUGAUAGUGAUCAUGAAGUCCGGUUAUGUACUGGGUUAGGUGUGACUCCAAGCUGUAGAAAUGUGCACGAGUUUGAGAGAUUGGGGAAGAUUAGUGAAGGCACCUAUGGUGUUGUUCACAGAGCUCGGGAUAUGAAAACCGGUGAUAUUGUGGCGUUAAAGAAGGUGAAGAUGGCUGGGGCAAGAGAAGGUUUUCCUGUUACUGCUUUAAGGGAGAUUAACAUUCUUGGAAUGUUACAACACCCGUCCCUUGUGGAAAUGAAGGAAGUUGUUAUGGAUGACUUCGAUGGUGUUUAUAUGGUUAUGGAGUAUGUUGAUCAUGAACUCAAAGGAUACAUGGAGCGUAUGAAGCAGCCGUUUAGUUCAAGUGAGGUUAAACGUCUUAUGAUACAGCUCCUGGAGGGUGUAUCUUAUCUUCAUGAUAACUACGUGAUGCAUAGGGAUUUGAAGACAUCAAACUUGCUCUUGAACAACGAUGGCGAGUUGAAGGUUUGUGACUAUGGGAUGUCACGCCAAUACGCGAGUCCACUUAAACCCUAUACUUCCUUGGUGGUUACACUUUGGUACAGGGCUCCUGAACUUCUUUUGGGGAUGAAAAAUUAUUCAACCGCUGUUGAUAUGUGGUCAGUAGGUUGUAUAAUGGCAGAGCUUUUGUCCAAGAAACCACUGUUUGAUGGAAGCAAAGAACCUGAACAGAUUGACAAGAUUUUUAGAACCCUUGGCACACCGAAUGACACAAUAUGGCCUGGAUAUUCCAAGCUGCCGGGAGUUAAGCCCAACUUUGUCAAGCAACCUUAUAAUAGUUUGAGGAAGAAAUUUCCUGUAGCUACUUUUACUGGAUCACCUACACUUACUGAGCUGGGAUUUGAUCUGUUGAACAAGUUUCUGACAUAUGAUCCGGAGAAGAGGAUUACUGCUAAAGAAGCCCUUAAUCAUGGAUGGUUUCGUGAGGCUCCUCUUCCUGCUGAACAUGUUAGGAUUUGUAAAUAGAUUUUAAUUCUUUGAUCUUUCUUAGUGUGAAACAUUUUUAAUGAUCUUCAUAGCAUUCUUCGAUGUACGAUUGUUAAUGCACUUUGAUGAUUUUACUCUGUUUUAUGAGCUUUUAUCGCGCUCUAUACGCUUA